AUGACUGACAAUGGUCAAGUAAUUUUGAACCAGUUCAAAGAAAAUGAUGCCGAAGGUGUUCAUGAAGCUCCUUUGCUUCAAACGUUCCUUAGAGGGCAUCCGAAAACCCUGGGGACAGUUCAAAUUUUGGUUGGUGGAGUGAUGCUCAUGUUUGGUGUGGUGAUGACAAUACUCAUUCAUGCAAUGUCUGCCCGCUCUGGUAUCCUCUUCUGGGGUGGCCUGAUGUUUGUAAAUGCAGGAGCACUCUCCAUAGCAACUGAUAGAAAGCUCACUGUGCGUUUGGUCAAAGCCACAUUUGGAGUAAAUAUCUUCUGCUCCAUAAUUGCACUGAUUGGCAUUGUUCUUCAUUCUUUGGAUUUGGCAAUGUUUUCCUAUUUGAUCAAAUCAAGUAAAGAGUCAUUCAAAUGUGUUCAGCCAUGGAUACUGUAUCUGGGCAGGUCAGUAGGAAUCUCAGCAGUCAUGCUCACUCUGUCCCUGCUAGAGCUCAUCAUUGGCAUCUAUCUCUGUGUGUUUGCCUACAAAGCCACUUUUUCUUACCGCUUCCAUCCAAAGGUUGAGUUUGUUCCAGAUGCACGAGGUCUGAACAUUUCAACUGCUGAAAAUUCAACUCAAGGUCAAGGUCCACUGAUAAUGGCCAAUGACAAUCCCCAAGAAGAGAAUUGAGCGCAGAAUUACUUCAACACUUAUCUGCGGUUUCAUUUAUUUAUUUAACUUUUUUUAUUUGUCAAAUUGAAAUGUCAAUAACAGCUUUAUUAUUUUUGAUGAAGUAUCCUGGAUUUGAUUGUUUGUUCUACUACCAUGAUGCAGCACCAGAGCAUCAUAUCAAGAUAGGUCUCUCUUAGUCCUUGAUACUGGAACCCUAUAACCUGUGGUAUCAUUUGUGCACUCUGAUUAAUGUGGGGUUUGCUUUGUUUUGACAUGACAUAAGGCAUACACCGUGUAAUAUAAUUUCUGACGUACAUAGAUGUAACUUGUUAACUGUAAGUUUAAUGCAACCUAUUGGUCUUAAUGUUAUGCUACUGUAUUCUUUCCACAUUAAUCCACUAUUCUCAUUUUUUCACAAGACAUGACAUGUAAUUUUUAGAAUUCUAACUUGUAUUUCAAUAGCUGUAAAAUGCCUUUGUUUGCAAAAUAUAUAGCGCAUAACUGUUUAUUGACUAUGGAAAACCUAGAAGAGCAGCCUACUGAGAUUGAGGUGAUUAAAAAACAAUACUUACACACAUGGUUACAGG